AUGCCAAGUGCCGCUAUCAAAAAGACUAUUAAACUAUCAAGCCACUUAACUAAUUUCUCUAGUCGCGAGCUCAGCCGUAUUCCGGUCUAUGUACGCGUGUUCUUGGUACAAUCGGUGAAAACGACUUCCGUUCUUUUAGACUGCUCAUUUCGAAGUUUCCUUUCUCUAUUCUCUCUCUCCCUUUCUCUCUAUUGCAUCUCUCUUUUUCUGGCAAUUUCACUUUUUUUUCUUUCUAUCCCCCCUCUCACUUUCUCACUGUUUUUACAUAAUUCCAAUGGCUUCUCUGUUUCUCACUAUUAUCUAAUAUUUGCUCUUUCUUGUUUCUCUCUCUUUAUCUUCACGCCACAAUUUCCUAUUUUUUACGUCUCUUUCUCACAUUCUUUCUCUUUCUGCCUGUCUAUAUCUAUGAAUAACAAUGUAGGCAUCUGUUCGCUUUACCUUAUCUGUCUCAGCGUUACGUGCGCCAUCUCUCUUGUGAUUUUAUCUUACUCUUAUUUUCACAUCUCUAUCCGCCAUUUAUACUUCUCACUCUUUCCUUCUGCUUUCCUCACGCAUUAUUAUGACUCGGUUUCCCUCCCCCACUUCUCUUAUACCUCUGUCUUUCUCGCUCUCCUCACACGCACACGCUCACUACACAUUUCGUUAGGUCAUUUUGUCUGUGUUUCUAGUUCUCAUUCCCCCCCUCUCUCUCUCUCUCUCUAUUUAUCUAUCUAUCUAUGUAUCUUUCAUUCGAUAUUUGUCUCACACUCUUUGUAUUUUUUAUCACUUCCCUCUGCUUAG